AUGCGACAUUUCAAAUCAUAUAUAAAGCAGAUCGUUGUCAAUCAACAUUAUCAGUUAUCGUUUGAUUUUAAUACAAUUAACAACCAAUACUUAUUUAUUUAUUUAUUCAAAAUGGCUUUCAAAUUCGUUGCCAUCAUCGCUUGUGUGUUGGGGUCCGCACUUGCCGGCCCGUUGGCACCAGCCUACCCUGCACCGUCUGCCUACCCAACACCAGCUGCCUACUCAUCUCCAUCUUACUCCGCCCCAGCUUACAAACCAGCAUAUUCUGCACCAAAAUCCUACGCCCAAGAAGAAUCUUACGCUCCAGCCCCAUACAACUUCGAAUACUCCGUCAACGACCAAUACACCUAUGAUGUCAAAAGCCAACAAGAAUACAGUGACGGAAACGGAUACGUCAAGGGAUCCUACAGUUUGGUCGAACCUGAUGGCACCAAGAGAAUCGUUGAAUACACCGCCGACGACUACAACGGUUUCAACGCUGAAGUGAAAAAGGAAGGAACCCCAUCAUACAAUUCCGCUCCAGCUUACAAUUCCGCCCCAGCUUACAACAAACCAGCUGCCUACAAACCAGCAUCGUACCCAGCCCCAGCCGCUUACCCAACCCCAGCUGCCUACCCAGCACCAUCUGCCUACCCAACCCCAGCUGCCUAUCCAGCACCAGCUGCCUACCCAGCACCAGCUUCCUACCCAGCUCCAUCUUACAAGCCAGCAUACAAGCCAGCCUACUCCGCUCCAUCUUACUCUGCCCCAGCUUACAAACCAGCAUACAAACCAGCUUACUCCGCUCCAGCUUAUCCAGCUGCUCCAGCUUAUCCAACUGAAGCUUAUCCAUCNUCAGCACCAUCUGCCUACCCAGCACCAUCUGCCUACCCAACUCCAGCUACCUAUCCAGCACCAGCUGCCUACCCAGCUCCAUCUUACAAGCCAGCAUACAAGCCAGCCUACUCCGCUCCAUCUUACCCUGCCCCUGCUUACAAACCAGCAUACAAACCAGCUUACUCCGCUCCAGCUUAUCCAGCUGCUCCAGCUUAUCCAACUGAACCAUCCUACCCGUCUUACCCAGCGCCAGCUUAUCCAUCAGCUCCAGCAUAUCCAGCUCACUCUGCUUACCCAGCACCAGCUGCCUACCCAGCCCAUUCUGCUUACCCAGCACCAGCUGCUUACCCAGCCCCAUCUUACCCAGCACCACAUGCUUACCCAGCACCAGCCUACAAACCAUCGUACUCUGCACCAAAACCAUACGCCGCUGAACCAGCAUACCCGUCACCCUACAACUUCGACUAUGCCGUCCACGACACCUACACCGGUGACAUCAAGAGCCAAAACGAAUACGCCGAUGCCAACGGUAAUGUCAAGGGAUCUUACAGCCUUGUCGAACCUGAUGGCAGCAAACGUACCGUAGAAUACACUGCUGAUGACUAUGGUUUCAACGCUGAAGUCAAGAAAGAAGGUGGAUACCCAUCCCCAGCUUACUCUGCACCAUCUUACGCUGCCCCAGCUUACAAACCAGCCCCAGCUCCAUACAAGCCAGCUUAUUAAUUCAUUUAAAAUGACCACACGUUGUAUCUCAGUCAAAAAUCAACAACAUAGCCAUAGCGAUCAAUCGCAUUAAAGACUGUUCGAGUCUUAGCUACACUAGAAAUUAUAUCAUAAUUUUAUAUUAUAUAUUAUUAUUUUAAUUGUCAUCGAUUGUAUCACUUUUGUACAUAAAUGUCAUAAAUACAUGUCAUCAACAUAAAAAUGA